AUGGUGGUCCGUGUCUUCAAACUUUGGCACUUUGCUGCUCCCUGGCUGGUGCAGUUCGAUAUCAGAGUCUGCACAGUGAUCUCCUUGGGAGCCACUGACAGCCCCAUUAUCCAGCUCUGCUUUGUUUCUCCCAGCACCUGCCCGCAUGGCUCUCCCCUGUCCUACCGCAACGGCUGCAUCGACGACCCAGGCGGUCUCUUUACCUAUGAGGUCUACAACAUGUCAUCCGACAGUGGGUCCUCCAUAUCUGCUGGAGAGGAUCAGCAGCUCGCCAUAUAUCAGCGCCAACAGGUGCUGCAAGCUGAGCAGGAGGGUACCCAGAAGAGAACCUUCUCCAACUGGAUUAAUUCACAAUUACUAAAGCAUCAAAAGGAAUCAGUUGUAAAAGAUCUGUAUGCUGAUAUGCAAGAUGGGCACGUCCUCUUGGACUUACUUGAAGCUUUGUCUGGCGAAGUCUUGCCACGUGAAAAAGUCAAAAACAUCUUCCAGUCAAGAAGUAAUAUCGAAUCGGCUCUGACCUUUUUAGGAAAGCAAUCAAUCAAGCUCAUAAAUAUUCAUGUUGAGGACAUCAUUAGUGGGAAACCUUCCAUUGUGCUUGGCCUCAUUUGGCAAAUCAUUUUACAUUUCCAUAUUGAAGGUCUGGCAAGCAUUUUAGCUGCUCCUGAUGACCUGCAACCAGUUAAGUGUGACAGUAAGAAAGAAGUUUCACCAACUGCAAGCCCAUCCCCGAAAAGGAGCGCUAAAUCUAGAUGGAAGAUAUCCGCAAAGAAAGUUCUGUUACAGUGGGCUCAGGAGCAGUGUGCACGGAUGGGACCUAUCAGCGUGACAGAUUUUAAAUCCAGCUGGAAAAAUGGGCAGGCUUUCCUUGCAAUCAUACACUCCUUGAGACCGGACCUGGUUGAUAUGGAGAAAUUUCGGGUCAAAUCUAACGAGGAGAAAUUGCGAGAGGCUUUCAGAAUUGCAGAAGAAGAGUUAAAAAUCCCAAGACUUCUUGAACCAGAAGAUAUAAAUGUAUCAGAUCCUGAUGAAAAAUCCAUUAUGACCUACGUGGCCCAGUUCUUACAGUACUCAAAGAACAGAGCAGAUCCUACAAAAGACUCAACGGAUCGAGUCAGAAAAGCCAUGGAGUGGUUGAACGUGGAGGAGCAAACCUUAAAGAAACGCUUUUCUGAUAUGAAAGAGGAGACAUACACAAAAAAGUAUCAGGAAAUCCUGCUAUUCAUGAGGAAGUUUAAUGAACAGAAGCGAAUUUACAUGUCUGAUUUGGCUAUGGAGAAUCUACAGCUCGAAGAGCAACGACUUAUUAAGCAGUCACUUGAAAACAUAACUUUUCAGAUUGCAGAGUGGAAGGAGCAACUAGAUCACAGUUUGCCACCCCCUUUGGAUACUAUGGAGAGCUGGCUCUCGGAAGUCGAAAAUCUGAUGUCACAUACAUUGCCCGAGUCAGGAAGCCACCACAACGCAAUGUCUCUGCUGCAGACUCUGUCCGUCUCCUUCAAGGCUUUGAUGAUUCACGCAGUCAGUCACUCAGAGAGUCUGAGAUCCUUUAAGAACGUAGACGAUAAUGGAGUUAUUCUUGUGCCAGCAGAUAAGAUGGAGGAGAUGAAGACAAGGAUGGAGAAGAUAUUGACUGCAAAGUUCAGCGUUCUGGUGGAUUAUCGCUUCUCUGGACAUUACGUUCUGGCUCUUCUGGAAGAGGGACGGCCUAAGUUAAAAGCCUGGAAAGGGAAAUAUAGGUCACAAGAGGCAGUGGAAUCCCUCCUUGCAAAUUAUGAUGAAUUUGUUGGGGAGAAACAAUCCAUGGUUCAUCUCGAAACUGCAUUUCAUAAAUUCAAAGAACUUCAUAACCAGCUUCUGACCACAGAGGAAUACUCUGAUGAUCCCGAAAUUGCUAAACAGUACAGAGCAAUUGAGUUGAAGUAUGAAACGUUUGUGUCAUCAACUCUGGAGGCAAAAUCUGUUCUGGAAAAAGUUGUUCCCUGCUGGAUUCAGUUUGAGAAUAAUAUCGGCCUUAUGACAGCCUGGCUGGAUGAGCAGCAUAAGAUUCACCCUGGUCACGUCCCCAUGGAGAUUCUGUCCAAAUGGAAAUCUGUGCACAGGUCGUUAAACCGAGAAGGCGACUUCCUGAUCGAGAGGACCAAUGAGAAAGCGGCUUCCAAGUUGUCCCACAGACUGAAGUCUUUGACCAACCGAUGGGACAAAUAUGUAUGUAGAAAAAUCAUUAUUAUAUCAUUGAAGCUGUAUGAGAGACAGAGAAAAGUUGGGAAUGGCAGUGAAGUCCAAGAGAAACUGUCUGUAGACACACGCAAAGGAGCUUCUGCCAGACAAACGGAGGUUUCAGCUACAACUCUGAGAUCUUAUAUCCAGACGCUGCAGACAGGUACCAAAACAGUUGAGCCAGUACAAUCCUGCAUAGAUGUUCUCAGCCUUCUGGAAAAGUUGGAGAAAUUGACAGAGUCGGUAAAUGUCUGGGCGGAAGGUGCCGAACAGGUCCUGACCAUCGCUCACCCACAAGAGCCUCUAGAGGAGUCUGUGAUUGGUAACAUUCAGGAUUUUUAUGAAAAUGGAAUUUCUCAUCAAGAACAACUUGCAGAAACGGAGAGGACCGUCCAGGCUGUAGCCCAUCUUAUUCUCAGCCAUAAGGACUUACAGCAUUUCAGUGUUGAUAGCCUAAAGAGGAAUAUCGUCCAAGCACAUGAAAAAGUUCAGGACUUGGUGUCCAGGCUGGGGUUUGCCCUGCACCCUCCAGAGAAACCAUUGCCCGAAAAAGACAUUAAAAUGAAUUUUGAGAGGUCAAAGCGAGACCUGGAAGCCUAUAUAACAAGUGCGGUGACACUGCUGGGACAGAAAGUCACCCCAGAGGAGUUCAUUUCACAGUAUGAGAAAACCGUGGGCAAGUUUAGCAUUCAAAACCUUGACAAAUUCCUGAACGCAGCAGAUCAAAUGAAAACCAUUUCGACAGAUAAGGAGAAGUUGACAGUAGAUGAGGUCAGCGCUGAUCUUCGUCACAGGUGGAAAGCUGUCCGUUAUGAGCUGGAGACGUAUAUCAGUGAAUUAAAGAAACUCAUCCAGAAACCAAGUUUUGAUGAGGAGUCCUGCAAACUGAAGACACAGAUUUCUAAGGUUGUGCACCAGAAUGGAGGCAGUAUUCCAGAAGACACUGAGAUGAAAGGCUCCAAUCUAGAUGGGGAGCUACAGAUAUAUGAAGCACAGAAAAGGGACCUGGAACUCUUAUUGCAAAGAUCAAGAGAGAAACUCAGUGCUGAGAGUCCACGAGAGGUUCAGGAUGUUAAUGAACUCCAAAGCAGGUGUCAAGAACUGCAGGAUUUACAGGCACAGCUAAACAAAAGCUGGAGGCGGUUAGAGUCCACAUCACAUGCAGUGGAGAAACUUAUGGAAGGCGAUGAAAAGUCAAAAUGUUCUGAAACUCAAUCUGCCCUUCAGUCCAAUAUGGAAGAGGUUAUCAAGGAAUUUUAUACCAGGAUACAAUCUCUGAGUAUGACAAUAGAUGUUCUUCUGCCUAUUGAGCAAGAAGUGUCUGUUCUGUGUGAAUCCAACCUUCAGACUCCAGCACAAGAGAUGGAGAAAUUCACUGUCUCCGGUAUUGGUUCAAUGUAUCAAGUUCUCCAGGAGUUCCAGAGUUCUGUAGAAGAUCAGAUUCAGCAAUGUGACUAUCUGGAAUCAGCUACAGAGGUUGUUGACCCAGCCAGUCCUGUCGAUGCACAAGCCUUCCAGUCCGCUGUACAGCAAUACAAAGUGCAACUAGAGGCAAAAUGUGAAUCCAUGAAGGAACGAGAGGAUGUUCUGAAAGACCUGGAGUCAUUUCUGUCGUCUUUGGCAACGACUAAGUGGUCUAUUCAGGCUGUCACUGCUGUGAGCGACAAGGAGAGAACCACCAUUCUACAAAAGCAGAAGAAUAUUGAGCUACUAGAGAAGAAAGUUCAUAAAUUGAGGAUGGAAGCUAAAGAGCUUGAUGUCCAACUGGUACCAGCACAGAUCUACUUAGAAGACCCAGAACAUGGGGGAGAGACAUCCUGCCAAAAGUUGAUUGAUGGUUUCUUUGAAAAGAUAGAAAUCGCUAAGCAAGCUAUUUUGCAAGAAUUAAGUAACUUGGACACACAGGAUUCUGGGAUUCCGUCACUGAAUGGGGCACUUAAUAGACAUUUACCAUCUGAUGAUGAUGUAGCUUCAGGAUUAAAUGACUAUCAAAUGGAACAGAAGAUGGAGACCUUCACAGUAUCUAAAAUCGAUUCAGUUUUGCAGAAAAUGAAGGAAGUCCAAAAUACUUUUGAAAGUGAGAUCCACCAGUGUGACAGUUUGGAUCCAUCAGUCACCGAGCCCACUUUGAAUCAAUAUAAAAUGGAAUUGCAAGCCACAAACCAAGUCAUGAAAGAACGAGAAACAACCCUCAAAACAUUGGGGGAUUUUCUUUCUUCUCUUAAAGCAGCUAAAGCUUCCAUUGAAACUAAACCCACAAUCAUGGUUAUGGACAAUGAAACCUUGCUACAGAAGCAGAGGAACCUUGAGGAACUUGAAAGGGACAUUUACCGCCUUGGUCAAGAGGCCGAAAAACUUGAUGACAAACUGCAGUCAGCUGACAUCACUCUAGAGGAGCCAGAUUUUGGAGGAGUAACCUCAUGCCAGAAAAUGAUUAGUGUGUUCUUUGACAAGCUAGAAAAUGCACAACAAGCUGUUCUGAGGGAGCUCCAGAACUUACAGGAGAGAGAGGCACUGGAGGCUCUAAACAACAGACAAAGAACCCUGUGCAAACAUAUUGAAGAUAUUCAGGAUCAAAUUGAUCAAAUUGGACUUCGAGAUCCAACUAUUCAUGCUGUCCAACAAAGAAUGAAAUCUUUGAAACAAGUGGAGAAGAAUCUAGAAUCUUUCACAAACGAGAAGAUCUCCAUUUCUAAUGGUUUCUUGGAGCUUCUUCAGACUACGCGCUCAAAGGAUAUCUGUGGAUUGGAAGAGUUUGAGAUGUUAUGGGAUGAUGCAGUACAGAAUAUCACCCAUAGCAAGGAGCAGUGCGAAGUGGUGAUAGAGCUCCUCCGCAAGUUUCAGAAUUACAAGAAGGAACUAACCUUGCUUAUUCAGAAAGCAGAGAUGUUAAUGACCUGUCAGGCAUCCUACAUAGGAAAAGAAAAUCUUCAGAAGAGCUUGAAAAAGUUAAAAUCUGUUAAACAGGAGUUUGAUGAUCACUCAGAAGAUGUUGAAGAGAUCAACAGCAUCUGUAAGAAGUUACAAUUUCAGAUCAAUCAGAUCAAAAGUUUUGAAGAAUCCCCAUUUCAGACUGAGGCCCACACAAUUAUUGAUAAGUGGUUGGAUAUUACAGAGAAACUGGAAAGCUAUAAUGAAAACCUGAAGAGUGCAAUCAGCUUGUGGAGCAAAAUCUUGCAUUUCUCUGAGGAUAUUGAGCAGUGGUCUGAAUUGAGGAAAAAUGUCUUUGAAACCAGUGAUCUAACCAGGGAAGAUGUUCUGCAGUUAAAUAUUGAGGCCAAAAAUUAUGAGCAACAUUUAGAAGAAAUCACUAAGCUUUCCAGAGAGAUACAGAAUCUUUUGCAAACUCAUGAACUUCCACUUGAGUUGCAGGUUAUUCAGACAAGUCUGCAAAAUAAAAUAAUUCCACUAUCUAAGUUUGCUUCAGCGAAAGUUAACAUCUUGGAAAAAUCCCCAAUAACUCCAGUCCUGAGCCCGUUUGCCACUAGCUCAACAGAUGGGGAAUUGGUACACAUAAGCUCACCUCCCACUGCGGACCCGUUUCAGUGUGUAAACGGAGGGGCAGAGACAGAAAGAAGACAUAAGAAACGUAUGGAUGGGACCCAGCAGAGUAACAGACAAGGAGGUUCCACAACUUUUCCAUCAGAACCACAGAGGAUUGAAUUCCAGAUUGAAGUGCGGCCCAAUCUGCCAGUGGUCAAGGAGAGUGAACAGUUAAGGACCCUCCAUGUCAGACUGUCAGAACUAAAGCAAAGACGUGAGAAUCUAAAUACUGAGCUGCAACCGGGGCAGCAAGAAAAGAUACGGCAACUGGCAAGUUUUACGCUCCUUCUCCAGGAAGGUCAGGCGCUGGCUGGUUCACUGGAAGAGCUGAAUGCAGAAAUGAUGGCUGCAGGCUAUGAUGGGUCUUCCCAAGGUCAGGAUAAUCAGUGGCUGGAAAUCGCACAGCUCCAUGACAGCUUCAUGCGAGAAUUACAGGAUACAGUGCAGACCCUGGAAAGCCGUAUUGAAGGACAGCGCCACUAUGACAGUCUCUUCAGUGCCCUGAAUAACAAAAUGACAAGUUUUUAUGAAGAGCUUCUUAAUUUUUCCAGCUCAUCACGGGAAAGCGCACCGUGCGAACAGAAGAGGCAGAAAUUACAGGAGCUGCGUGGCCAGUAUGAGGUCUUACAGAAGGACCUGUCUGAGGUAUCUCAGGUAGCAGAAGGUGUGAAGCAGAGCACCUCUUCCCCCGGAGUCAAACGAAUCCAGGAGGCUCUGGAAAUGAAUCACUCUGGUCCUUCAAAGGGAGCUAUGGAGGACAAAAUAAAGGCAAGGGAAACUUCAGCGCAAGAUGAGAAUAACCGUACAAGGCACGUGGUUGUAGAGAAUGUAUCGCACAAUGUUUUGGUGACCGCAGUAGAAGGCCCAGUUGAACUUGCUGCCCAAAAGGCAGUAGAGUCUGCAGUGAAAGAGGCACUAGAUCGUGCAACAAAGGAGGCACUAGAUCGUGCAACAAAGGAGGCGCUUGAUCGUGCAACGAAGGAGGCACUAGAUCGUGCAACGAAGGAGGCACUAGAUCGUGCAACGAAGGAGGCACUAGAUCGUGCAACGAAGGAGGCACUUGAUCGUGCAACGAAGGAGGCACUUGAUCGUGCAACGAAGGAGGCACUUGAUCGUGCAACGAAGGAGGCACUUGAUCGUGCAACGAAGGAGGCACUUGAUCGUGCAACGAAGGAGGCACUUGAUCGUGCAACGAAGGAGGCACUUGAUCGUGCAACGAAGGAGGCACUUGAUCGUGCAACGAAGGAGGCACUUGAUCGUGCAACGAAGGAGGCACUUGAUCGUGCAACGAAGGAGGCACUUGAUCGUGCAACGAAGGAGGCACUUGAUCGUGCAACGAAGGAGGCACUUGAUCGUGCAACGAAGGAUGCACUAGAUCGUGCAACAAAGGAGACACCAGAUCGUGCAACAAAGGAGACACCAGAUCGUGUGACGAAAGAGGCACCAGAUCGUGAUCUAAAAGUGUCCAUAUUUCCUGACAAGCCUUCGAGCGACCCUACAGACCAGCCCCCGGUGCAGCCUGGCAAGUCAGAAAAUGUGGUUGCUGCUUCGUACACUGCGGACAAGCAAAUAGUGAAUGGAGUUACAUCACCAGUACAAAAGACUAGCAGUGCGGAUCAGGAGGUGCAUGCGGAAUUUGUUCAAAAGAAAAUUAAUCAAGAUGCUUCGGACAGUUUGAGAGAAGUUGCCAAGGUAAAAGCAUUAGAAGAGUGCGUGAAAGUAACUGAGGAACAGCAAGAGGCCAUUGGUCAACUGCAGAUGCGUCUCGAUGAUUGCGAUUCCUUCAGGAGACAACUGGAGACCGCACUAAGCAACUCGCCUGCCGAUGGCAAUGACCUACUUCGAGUCUCUGCUCUGCUAACUACAGUGGAGGAGAAGCUGCACCAGGCUGAAAUGCUUUCAGAUGACGGGGGAAGAGUUGUUAUUUUAAAUGAGGCUCAGCCACUGUAUGAUGAAAUCAAAUCUUACAUGGAAGGUCUUUCAAAAGUUGCUGCCAAGAUUCCCAGCACUUUUAAAAAGGAAGAGAAGGCGUUAGGAGCUCAUUUUGAAGACGCCGUGGGAGUAAAUACACAGGAAACUCAGCUGGUCAUUGAACAGCUUAAACCACCUACCGGCAGAGAUGUCAAAGAAGCAGAAUCUGCCCUGGAGGAGCCUUACUAUGCCCGAUUCCAGCAACAGAUGCAAGAGAUCCUCACAAAUAUUUCACUUAUUGGUGGAGAUCAAGCAGAAAAAACCUUGGAAAAGUUUGCCAGCCAUAUUAAGCUCCUUUGUGUACGGGAAGAUGAUAAAAUUGAGUCUGAACGGAGUCCAGAAGGAUUGUACAUUGCAAAGUGGGAGGAAGAAAUCAAAAGUUUCCAGAAACAUCCACUUAUAUUAAGCGUGACUGAACUGGAGCAGUACAUUGAAGGCAUUGAGAAGCUCUAUAAUGAAAUCUCACAAAUACGGUCUCAAGAGCCUGCAGUUCAGGAAACCAGGGAUGGUGAUAGCCGAGGCUCAGAGCUUUUACUGUCAAAGUGUGAAGAUCUGCUGAAUGAACUAACUACAUUCAGAACUGAAAAGAAAAUACUAUGCCAAGCACUUAAGAGCUUCCAGGGUGCCCUAAGUGCUGCUAGAGAGUCAUAUCAAAUGUUGUGCAAGGAGAAGGAAAAUCUGAAAAUGAUACCCACUGAGAGCCUUAUAAGUCAGCUGGACAAAAUUAAACAGUUCCGUGACCAAGUGGAAAAAGAAAAAGUUAACUUGCACAUUCUGAAGGCAGAACAGUGUAAUAUUGAUCACUUAGGGAUAUCAAGCAAAGGCAAGGACAUAAUGGACAAUGAAGUGAGCCAAAUAGAAGAUCUGUGGGAACAGAUGGAGUUCAGUACCCAUAGGGAAUGUGAUCGCCUUACUAAAGAAGCUGAAGAGUUAGCAGCUUUUAAGGAUAGAGUGGAUGAUGUUCGGAGCAUCAUUCAGGUCCAGCAAGACCUGCUUGAUCAGCCCUCUCCUUCCUCCGAAGAUGUGGUCAACGCAUCGCUGGGCCUUUUUGCAGACAUACAAGCCAUUAAACAUUGGUUUAAUAUGUCAAGAAAUACAUGUGACUUGCAAAUGAAAAGAACAUGGAGCGGAAAUGAGCGACAAGACCUGGAAAACUCAUUGGAUAAUUUACAGAGCGAACUGGAAAAUCUUGAAGAACGUGUGAAAGACCGUCAGCUGACUCGGUGUCAGACGCCAGAUGCGUUCCUAGAACAGUACCCAUCUCUAAAACCUUUAUACAGUUCACUCUUGUGGGUGAAGAAAUCACAAGACAAGUCUAACGCUGAAAAGGGUAUUGCACUUCUGCUGGGAGAUAUAGAGCGACAGACCACAACUUACAAAAAAGCGCACAAAGAAAUAGUGGACAGAAAUUCUGCUACAGACUCUGCCAUUGGAGAGUCAAAGCACAUCUCUGUAAGCUUUGAUGGAGCCAUGUCCAAAGACUUUAGCUCUUUCUUACAACAAUUGCAGGAAUUAUAUCGGGAUCAGAUUAUACAAUCAACCUCAAGAUUGCAGCAGUUGGAGAUAGGAUGGGAAAAGAGGAAAGCACUUUUUUCAGAAAUUGAAAAGCUCAAAGAAUUACUGCAGUGUCUAGAGAAAGAAGCAACUCCAGUCAAAAGAGGAAUAUUUACUGCAACAGAGCUAUGUGAACAGCUAAAUUGCUUAAAGGCCAAAACCACAGAAAUGGAGGAAAUUGAAGGUCUGGUCUUGACACUUCUAAGAAACAGCCAGAUCUAUCAUAGUGAGCUAAAAAGCUCUGAGCAGUUAUAUUUAAAUGAUAUAUUAAGAAGUCUUAAGUCCAAGGCGAGAAGGAUAAGAAGACUAGAGGAAAAUACAUUUUGUUACACCAAAAAAUUGCUAAGUAUUUGUAACGAGUUUCAAAAAAGGUUGACCUCCCUCCAUCAGAAUUUGAAUGCAUCACAGCCCAUUGAACUGAAAAUGUGCGAAGAGGCUUCGGAACUAGACGGGGAAGUUUCUGAAAAGAAAUUACAACUUUCCCAAAAUGCCGUCUCAUCAUCUGAAGAUCACUUGCCUCAGAUAUUGAGAUAUAAGGACUUAUUCAAGGAUAACAGGCUUCACUGGGAUGGCUUAACCAUUGAUGACUUACAGAAGAAUUGUUUAAGCUUUACAGAGAGAAGUGGUCACUCAGAACAUUGUGGACCAGAGCAAGGACAUUACCAAGAGCUGUUGAAAAAAAUCAGAACAAUGGUUUGUUCCCUACAAAAAGAGUCUGUCCCUAUUGCAGCCAAUUUUGAUGUUAUAGCUGCUCAAGUAUCAUGUAAAAAAAUAAAGAAAAUACGCGAUUUAUUUGCAGAGGCCGUAGGCUGGUUACAUUCUGAACAGACUAUUAGUGUGGACUCUAUCAGAGCCGAAGAACAGUCAUUAACUGCUUUAGCAGAAAAUAUGGAGCGAUCAUACCAAGCUCUCAGCCAGCUGGUAACUGACUACUAUGAGCGGCAGAAACAUUCUCCACAUCAAGUGAAGCAAGCCGUGCGCACUUUAAAUAGAAUUGACCAAGAGCUCCAGGAGUCAUUUGUUAAUGAACUGGAUGAGAACAAAUUGCAAGAGAGGCUACUGAGACUUGAAGCUCUUGGGGAUAUAAGCAAAGCAGAGGUACAAGGUUUAUCAUCGGUGUCAUCACGUCCAUCUGACCUCAGGGAACAUCUGCAGGAAGUAAAGAAUACUGGCCAACAAAUUGAGAAGAAACUUUCAGAGCAUAUUGUAGUCACUAACGAGACGUAUAAUAUCCUUCAGAACAUGCAAAAAGCCAUCACCAAAGUAGCUGAACUUUUCAGACAAUAUGAAGAAAAGUUACACAAGCAUCAUUUUGCUCUGAGUAGCUCAGAUGAGAAAACGAAGACCCUGGAUUGCAAAGAAGUAGAGCUAAAUGUUGCCAUAGCCAAAAUUCAGAAUAUCGCUGAUCAGCUGAAAUCAGUGUGUAGUACAGAAAAUCAGAGAGACUUGGAUGAUAUUUUGAGUCAAAUCUGCAACAAGAACUAUGAAUUGGCAGGAAUCCGGGAAAGAAAACAAUCCAUAUUGGCCAGCUAUGAAGAGAAAUAUCAGAUCUUCAAAAAUAAGAAGCAGAAGAUACUUAAAGGACUUGAGGAAAUGGAAGUUGUUAUCGGAGAUUCCUUCCUUCAGAAGCCAGCAUCCUAUAAGGCAGCUCUGGAACAGUGGGAGAAAAGCAAAAAUUUAAUGGCAAAAAUUCAGUCCUACGAAGAAGAGCUGCAAGAACUCCAGUGGAUAUCUAGAGGCCUGAGUGCAAGCAAUGAUGAUUAUGCUGAGCUGCUUGAGAAAAUGGUGUCCUCAUUGUGGGACAGGUGGUUGUAUGUGCUGGGCAUCGCUAGAAAUUUGGAGCUCUACUGUGAUGAACUGAAGCAGGAGUGGAAAUUCAUCAGCGAGCUGUUGGAACGGGAGGUUAUACUUCUGGAUAACUGCCAGGAAGAGGUUUUGGACAGGCCUGAAGUCAGACAGAGAACUCCUCACCUCCAGAACUCCUUUGCGGAGAUUGAACGCUUCGAAGAAAAUGUUCAUAUGCAGCAGCUGCAGCUAUCACUUCUGAAACAUCGGAUCUGGAAUAUUUUGGGGACACCAGAGAUGGGUUCAGAGUUGGUUCCAGUUAUUAAGGAAAUCCAGGUCAUGCAAGCCAAGUGUGAAGGACUACUACACAAGGCCCAAGUGAAUAAGCAGGAGAUAGAGGCAGAACUUCAAGAAAGGGAAACGUUGAAAGAUAAAAUCUCUGCAGUGAACAAAUCUGUCCGAGAAGUGUCCUCCAGCUUGGAGAAUAUGGAGAUAACAGAUGUCGUAGACAGAAAGGCAUCAUUAGAGGAACUUCUCAAGCUGGUCGGUUCAGAAAAGGAAAAUACCUUGUUCAAUAUGGAGAAACUGCAAGACCAGUACACAGAAACAGUUCCUGAAGAGCUCCAAUUAUACGCUGAGCAGUGUCAAGAGAACCUGCGUGAGACAGAAGAGAAGAUCAAAAAUGAGAUUGAGCAGUGCUCUCCACAGAAUAUUUUGACCCGAAAAGCUAAUGAGAUUACAGCUGAACUCAAAAGCAUUGAGGCUCAGUUAGCAGUAAAAACUGAAAAUAUCUUCCAGGCUAAAGAAAUUCAGAAGAAAGUCUGGGAUGAAGUGGACAGUUGGCACUCUAAGCUGCAUGCACUAGAGUCGGAAGUUCAGGACAUGGCAGAAGAAGACCCUAGCCUAGCUCACGAGUGGAUGGAUAAACUGACUGAACCAUUAAAUUGUUACCAGCGAGUUACUUACCUUGCUGAACGCAGAACAACUAAUAUAAACAAGGCGGCUAGCAAGCUAGAAGAAUAUGAAGACACUUUUAAGAGCACUAAACUGUGGAUCCAGAAUACAGAUGGUUUGUUAAAUGAAGAGAUGAAGGAUUGCUCUGCCAAGAUCUUAAAUAAACACGUUAAUGCUUUAGCGAUUGCACUGGAUGAUUCUGAUGGGAAACAUCAACUCCUGCACAACAUCAGCUCUGAGCUAGGGGAACUUGCUGUCAUCUGCAAUACGGAUAAGAUUGUGGAAACCCUUGGUGAAGUAAGGAGCCAGGUGAAGGACCUUCAACAAAGAAUUUUGAAAGUUCUCCUACAAAUCCAACAUUUGGCAAAUGAGGUUGGUUCCAUCGAGGAUGAAGUCAAAAGGAUGGAAAAGAGAUUGGGUUCUAUUAGAACUAUUUUGACAUCCAAUGAUAUUGAUGAUAUGUCACCUAUGGAUCACCACAAGAAUGGACAGGUCAUUCUGGAAAAUAUUGACUCCAUUAGAGGGACAGUGGCAGAGAUAGAGGCCUAUAGACCUGCUCUUCCAUUAACGGCCUCUGGCGUGCAUUCCCUAUGCGUGUUCAGGAGAAUGGGACGCCUCUUGAGAGAGGCCGAAGUGCUGGAAAAGGUUACCAAGGAGCAAAAAAAGCUUUUAAAGCCAAUCAUUGGUAAAAUGUUAGAGCUUGAACAAGAGCAAGAAAACCUAAAGCACAUCUCCAAGAACUUUACAUAUGAAACUCCGGAUAUAAAGAAUAGGACUGAAGAAUUGAGGAAACGAAUGGAUGGAUUAAACCUGAAGAAGGAAGCGGUUUUACUUUCCCAGAGAAACUCAGUUAUUCAACAGCUGGUGCAUUUACAACAGGAACCAGAGGACCGGGACUUGCAAGCUCUUCUUUCCCCAGUAACUGAAGGAGUAGACAGUAUGGGCAAUGAGAUGCGCUGGAAUGACCCCUUCAGUUUGCCAUCACUGGUCGAGGAGACGGAGGAAUCCUCACUAACUACCGAGGCAGCGGAGGAAGUGACGGUUGACAGUGAAGCAGUUGACCUUGACGUGAACGCUAAAGAAGAUGCAAGCGAUUUCUUUAUUUCUCCCAUUCCUUCGGAUCAAAUGACCCAGGAACAGCUGAAGAAUGCCGCCACUACGUUGGGCAGCGUGAAGCCGGAGAUGAUCCUACGCGAUUGUCAGGGGAAGGUAACAGAGGUGGAGCUCUGGCUGGAAAGGGUGAAUCUGUCAUUAGCAGAGAGCAAACAGGAGCCAGAUAUGCGGCAGAGCUUAGAACAGAAGCUAAUUGACUUUCAGAAAACCUUACAAGAAACCGAAAAGAAAAUAAACCGAUUGCUGGAAGGUGCAGAUGCAAACAAGCAAGGGCCCAGUUCUCUGUUAGAGGAUGCAGAGUCCUUGUCAAUAAAGCUCAAGGCUCUGAAAGUCAGUUUGGAGAACUUACAGGCAAUGCUGCAGGUCAGACCCGAUGCUGAACAGGUAAAAAGCACAGACCCUGCCGAUAAAAAACACCCCACAGAGAAGAUGGUACCCAGUCAAGAGAUUGUUAACACUUUACAGACCAGGAGUGCUGCUGGGGAGGUGGUCUCAGGCCAGACCAGGCCUAGGGGUAAAUCUUCCCUCCCAGAGGACAUUACCUGGAGUAAGUGGCAGUAUCUGCAGAAGGAGCUGUCACACCGGACCAAAGCAGCUCCUCUCACAUCCACUAAUGAGCCUGAAACAGAAAAGGAAGUGAGGAUAAACUUUAUAUCAAGAUUUCCUGGGAGAGCCAUAAAACCAGUACUUCCUGAAGACUCCAAACAAUUUCUAACUCGACUCCAAGCUCUGGGUGAAGAAGCAGCUGCACCCCUCCCUCAGGAAAGUGGAAUAAAUCUGCACAGCACUUUAUUUGUCUGGCUGUGCUCAGUUUCUCAAUGGCUGCAGAAGGUGGAGGAGAUGUUAGAUACAGACUUAUCCAGGGAGGAAGCUUCUUUGGAGUUGGCACAUUAUGAGAAACUUUCGGAGGAUUUAAAUUCACUUUCCGAAGAAAUGAGAAAGAAAAUGGAUUCUCUAUUGAAGCAAACCAGCCAUGCGGGCGAGCACGUUGGGAUUUUAUCUCAGUGUUAUAAUGACAUAAGUAACUGGCUUGUUCAGACUCACGGUGCUGUAUUAUCCAGAACUAAAAACAUGCGCGAGGAACUGAAGAAACAUAACAACUACCAGAAUGACGUCCGGCAAGUGUAUGAUAUCGUGGUUAGGAGGAAGUCUGUUUUACAGCAGCAGCUGGGCAACAGAAGUGGCUGCGAGGCAGAAGAAUAUCUUAAGGAAUCUGCUGUAUAUGAGACAGAACUUCAAAACUUCGAAAGUCAAGUGUCUGUGCUGACCGAGAAUGGGGAAAAAAUAUCAAUUCCUGUAUCUUCUAACCAAGAAAUUCACAAGCUGCAGGAUGUCCUGGAUGAGACAUGGAGUCUCCUCAAAGUAAAACAGGAUGAACAUAGUGGUACGGCCAUUGCCAAGUCACAGGUUGACUCAGUGUUGUGUGGGGUAACUGACCUGUUGUCUUAUGGAAAAGAAAAGAUUUUGAAUAGUAAUGACUACAAAUGUGCAAGUAAAGAAGCAUUAAACUCCCAUAUUCAGGAAAACAAGAAUUUCUUUAAUAUACUGGACAGUCAAGUUCUCUUGUUACAAGCACUUUCCUCCAAGAACUGCACACCCACCAACUGCAAGCAAAUUGCAGAGACUGCGGUGCAUGAAGCGGAUAUCCUGAGCAAAGAAGCUGAUGCUCAUUGUAUUCAUAUGAUGGCCAUAAUGAAGGAGUGGGAUGAUUUUGACUCAAGAUACAAUUAUUUCAGUAAAAAGAUGGAAGCUCUUGAAUCUCUGGUCCCCACAAAGAGUUUGGUGGAAGAGUCAGAAGAGAGGGUUAAGGAGCGACUUCUCCAGUAUCAGCAAAUUAAAGUGCUUCUUGAUGAAAAUGAGCCCAGGCUGAACUGGGUAGUUGUGCCAGGAAAAAGGCUGCAGCCUCUAUUGCGUUGUAGGGAUCUGGAUUCUCAGGUUCUCGGGAUGGAGCAGCAGUGGUCACAGCUAACCCAAAAGGUCGGUCACGAGCUGCACAGACUGGAGUCUCUAGGCAGCCAUUUGGCCAGUUAUAACAGGGAUUCUGCUGAAUUAUCAGCUUGGCUGAGCUCUGCCUACCAGAAGCUGAAUAACUGCAGGACGCAGUCACUGGAUGUCUCUCAGGACUUGGAUACCAUUAAAGACAACCUGCACAAGUUCUUUGAAUUCACAUUUGAAGUGGAUGAGAAAUCUUCCUUAAAGACAUCAGUGCUGAACAGGGGUACCCAACUACUCCGUCUGAAAGAAGCUGACCCAGCAAUGCUGAAACUGACCCUGGCCAAAUAUGAGGAGCAAUGGGCCGAGAUUAUUGCUGAGUUGCCACCAAUUCAAGACAAGCUACAACAACUUCUUAUUGAGAAACUCCCUUCUCUUCAAGAAAUCCAGGAAUUGAUGGACUGGAUGAAAAUUUUUGAGCAGAGUGCUGAGACUGUCCCGACCAUUACAUCAGACAUCAGAAGUCUCCUCCAGAAAUAUAAGACACUACAGAAAGAAAUGAGCCACAAGCAAUGUGUUGUUGAUUUUGUCAACCAGUCAUUACUACAGCUUAGUGUGGGUGAUGUGGAAGCCAAACGUUAUAAGAGGACGGAAUUAGCUGAGCUGCUUGGAACUCUGAAUCUACAAUGGAAUAACAUGAAGGGAGACCUCAACAGGAAGAUUCAACACGUGGAACAGACCCUUGAGAGCAUAUCUGACCAGGAGAGCAGGAGACAGUCAGUAAACAAUUGGUUUGAUGCCCAGCAAGUAAGACUGAACAAAUUGCAGAGGUCAUCAAGUCUAACAGCAGCUGAAAGCAUCUUAGCAGAGUGCUCGGACUUGGAAGAACAAAUCAAGGCCAAGUCCAAUGUGCUUGAGGAAUUGGAGAGGAGCGCACCACCAGCAGGGGAAAACCGUGUUUUCCAGGAAGGUGUAUUGACGUCAGAAAACCUACUGAAGAAGAGGGAUGCACUUUCCAGCCAGGUUGCGGAUAUGAAGACCUCCAUACACUCAUUGUUGAGACACUGGAAGACGUACAAUGAAAACCAUGAAUAUAUAAAGAAGAUGUUGGUCAAAUUAUUGUAUAAACUUGGCCAAGCCAAAAGACCCAUAUCAUCCCUGGACUGUCUAAAGCACCAUCUGAAGAUACUGCAGUCUGCUCAGGAGGAGACUGAACAACAUGAGAAAAACUGGUCAAAAAUCAGAGCUGCUCUGAAAAACAUGGAAGGUCUCUGUAGCCCAUCAGGCUUUGCCAUUCUGGAACAGGAUUGUAAAGAAGUUGAAAACAGGUGGACUUCACUGAAUGAGGAGCUUUCUAGUCAUCUACAGUCAGCUGGCCUUUUGCUGCAAUUGUGGGAAGCCUACAGUGACUCCUACCAGAAUCACACCCUGGACAUGGAGCAGCUAGAAGGCAAGUGUCAGCAGCUCCUCUAUUCUAAACUCUCUGAAGACCGACAGGCUGACAGCCUGCAGCAGCGAAUUCAGGAUUUACAGGUGUUGGAACAAAGCCUGCAGGCCCUCCGAGCUCACAACUUGCAGGUGUCGGAACUAGCAGACAAAGUGAUUCGCCAAAAUGCAGCAGCUGCCGAUGUGGUCCACUCUGAGAGACAAAACACUUCGCACAGAAUCGAUCACUUGGAGAGAAGCGUUUUAUCCAAGACAGCAGAGAUGAAGUUAAUCCAGAAUGAGGUUGAGGUCUUCAAGAACGAUCUAGAAAAGCUGCAGUUGUGCGUUAAGUCAUCAGCUGAUUUUGUCGGCCAUGUUUGCUUGUCACAGACGGAGAAGGAAGAACGUUCUGAACUUAUUAAGAAGCAUCUGCUGGAGCUCAGAGAACUGUCGGCUGACAUUGAACGUUUGAACGAGGAAAGCUUCACCCUUCCUCUCGAUGACCGCAGUUUAAUGUCCCUGCAGAAUUUGAACCGCAGCUGGGAGAAAACAGGAGAAAUGGCGCUCGAAGAUUGCAGGGAACAUCGGGUGCGUGAACUGGACAGAAAUACAUUCAUUCAGAAUUAUGAAACCUGGAUGCAGUGUGUAGAGAAGAUGGAGAACAAUCUGACCGUGGGAAUUGCAGGAACAUUUGAAGCGCUGAAGAUACAACAGGCGAUGUAUGAGAAAAUGCAAGCUGAAAUAGCCAUAAAUGAACAAAUUUUACCUUCCUUUGUGAACAAAGCUUUGAGUGUCUUGGAAUCGGAGGAAGAACAAAACAGGUCAGUCAUUUUAAAGCUGACAUCCUUGAAGGAGAAGUGGCAGAGUGUAAUAGGCCUGGUGCAGCAGAGGAACCGGGAGAUCACCGUUCUUUUGAAACAGUGGUGGCAGUUCAGGGCUGCUAAGCAAAGACUUGGAAAGAACUUGAGUGGGGUGCAGGCUGCUCUUUCUAGUGUCAGUCCACAGAAAUGCCACAGCCUAAUUAAUGCUGAAAAACUUCUUUACGAUUUUAAGGAGAAGGAACGUCAUCUCGAGAGGCUGCAGCCCAUUUACAACACAAUGGUAGAAAAUGGUAAAGAUUUGCUAGCUGUAGCUGAGCCAGAGACCAAGGAAGCCCUGCAGUGUGAUAUGACUCAACUUCAAGACUUGUGGCAGAACACAACGCUGCAGUUACAGGCUGUGCUCACCCACUUUAGAGACACGGCUCUGAAGAGAAAGCAUUUUGAAAGGAAAGUGGAGGAAAGAAGGAAAUCUCUUCAUGGCCUAAAAGCGAGAGUAGAUGAACCACUACCGACAAUCCACGAGGAUCUGCAAAGAUUUAGGCUAACCCUUAAGGAGCUGGAGGAAGCCCUGGAUGAGUGGGGGGACAGUUUGAAAGAGCUGGAUAACAUGAAGGCGGAAUUAUCGCAGUAUAUCAUAGCAGAGGAUGGCGUGGUGCUCAAGAAGCAAGUCGAAGCUUUGCACAGGCAGUGGGAAGAGCUGUGCCUCAGGGUGUCUAUGAGAAAGCAGGAGAUAGAGGAUCGGCUGAACGCCUGGAAUGUAUUCAAUGAGAAGAACAAAGAGCUGUGUGAUUGGCUGACACAGAUGGAGAGUAAAGUCCUCCAGAAUGCUGAUGUGAACAUUGAGGAAAUGAUUGAGAAGUUGCAGAAGGACUGCAUGGAAGAAAUUAAUCUCUUCAGUGAAAAUAAGCUGCACUUGAAACAAAUUGGAGAGCAGCUGAUCAUAGCCAGCAACAAGGCCCGGUCAACGGAAAUUGAAAACAAGCUGAAUAAAGUGAACGACCGCUGGAAGCACCUGUUUGAUGUGAUUGGCUCUCGUGUGAAGAAUUUGAAGGAAACGCUUGUAAUCAUCCAGCAACUGGACAAAAAAAUGAGUAACCUGCGCACUUGGCUGGGCCGCAUUGAAUCUGAAUUAUCUACACCCCUGAUUUACAGCAUCUGUGAUGACCAAGAGAUAAACAAGAAACUGGAGGAACAAAAGGACUUGCAAAAGGACAUUGAGCUAAACAGCGCUGGGGUGGCUUCCGUACUGAAUAUCUGUGAGCGUCUGUUGCAUGAUACAGAUGCAUGUGCAAAUGAAACAGAGUGUGACUCCAUACAACAGACCACAAGGAGUCUGGAUAAACGAUGGAGAAACAUCUGUACAAUGUCUAUGGAGAGACGCCUCCGAAUUGAGGAAACUUGGCGUUUGUGGCAAAAGUUCCUAGAGGACUACUCCAAAUUUGAUGACUGGCUUAAAGAAGCAGAAGCAAUGGCUGCUUCCCCAGACUCUUCUGAUGUAUUAUACACAAAAGCCAAAGAAGAACAAAAGAAAUUUGAGGCUUUUCAGCGGCAGAUCCAUGAGCGUCUUACUCACCUGGAACUAAUAAACAAGCAGUACCGGAGACUUGCUCGGGAGAAUCGCACCGAUGCAGCCAGCAGAUUGAAGCAGAUGGUACAUGAAGGCAACCAGAGGUGGGACCAGCUGCAGAGAAGAGUGGCCUCCAUUCUGAGGAGGUUGAAGCACUUUACUAGCCAAAGAGAAGACUUUGAAGGGACCAGAGACUGCAUCCUGGUAUGGCUGACGCAAAUGGAUAUACAGCUUACAAAUGUGGAGCAUUUCUCAGAAAGUGACAUUGAGGAAAAGAUGCAACAAUUAAUCGGUUUCAAACAAGAAAUUACUCUGAACACCAACAAGAUCGACCAGUUGAUAGUUUUUGGAGAGCAGCUGAUCCAGAAAAGCGAGGCCAUGGAUGCUGUGGUUAUUGAGGACGAGCUGGAAGAGAUCCACAGAUAUUGCCAAGAGGUAUUUGGACGAGUCUACAGAUUCCAUGAGAGACUGACAUCAAAGGGUUUGAAUUUAGAGGAAGAAAGAGAGGCCUCAGGAAAUGAUACAGAUGGAGAAGAUUCAAGGGAAAUCCAGAAUUCUUCCUGGCAUGCUACGAUUCCUGAAGUGGACAACUGCCACUUGAUGCCCCCACAUGAGAGAUCUGGUCGCGAAACUCCAGUCAGUGUAGACUCCAUUCCUCUUGAGUGGGAUCCAACUGUUGACGUGGGUGGAUCUUCCAUGCACGAGAAUGAAGAGGAGAGCGGCUACUACAAUCCUUUGUCAGAUGUAGAAAUUGCUGAGAGUCCCGAGGCCUAUGUCAUAAUGACAACAAAAACUGUCCAAGCGUCUUCUGGGAAAUCUGACUUGGAGACUCCAUCAUGGCAUUCUCCAGCCAAGCAUAUGGCAGCUUUGAAGCCAGAGUACAAACAAAAUGAGGCUGCACAGGAUCUGAUGCUUGCUACAACCAAAGCCUUGUUAGACAUGUCCACUAAUGAGCAGACCUCCACUUCUACUCCCUCCAGAGAGACAGAUGUGAGAACAUCAGGUAUCACUAAUGAACAGCUUGAUGACAACGGACUUAGAGGAAUUUACAGCCCAGAGACGCAAUCAGGUGUUAUUGAACGCUGGGAGAUUAUUCAGGCUCAGAGCUUAAGCAAUGAGCUAAGGUCAAAGCAGAAUUUACAGCAGUGGCAGCAAUUGAACUCUGAUUUAGAUAAUAUCUCAUUGUGGCUUGGGAAGACUGAAGCUGAGCUUGACAAUGCUGAAAAUCUAAAGCCAUCUACUUCCCUUCAAGAGCUGGAGCAGAAAGUGAAGAGAUUUAAGGACACUUUGAAGGCUUUUGAUAAUUAUAAAGCUCUGGUUCUAUCUGCCAACCUGAGCAGUAAGGAGUUCCAGCAGGCAGAUGAUGCGGAGAGCGGAAGUCUUCUGAGUAGACUGCAUGAGGUGAACUCCCGCUGGGACCAAGCAUGUCAUAAGAGAGACAAGUGGAGGAAGAGCUUACAGAAUGAUCUCAACCAGUGUGAGGAAUUCCAUGAGACAAGCCACCAGUUAUUACUGUGGUUGACCGAAGCAGAAUCUCGUAGAUUGAAAUACCAGGUGGCGGGUCAUAAAGGAGACCUGCAUGCUCUGCUGGAGUGCCAAAGGCAACUAAUGCAAUUAAAAGAACAGCUGCUGGAGAGACGAAUCCAAGCCAAUUCCCUUCAGGACAUGUCUAGUUACUUGCUAGGGAGUAAUGCUGGAGGCGGCUACGUGGAGGCCGAUGAGAGGACGCAUGUCAUUGCAACCAAGAUGAGGCAGCUCCUUCAAGAAGUUUCACGAGACUUGAAAAUAGCCCAGCGAGCUCUGGAUGAUUGCACAUCUGAUGAGGUGGACUCGGUGACAGCUGCAGACAGCCAGGUCGCAGCUGGAGCACCUCAAGAUACCAGAACACAGGAGGAACCCGCCUCCACAGUCCAGGAAGCCCCUAAGACGCGAUCAUUUUUUUACCGUGUGUUUCGUGCUGCCCUACCUCUCCAGCUCCUACUUCUCCUCCUUCUCCUCCUCGCCUGCAUGAUUCCCUUCUCUGAGGACGACUACAGCUGUGCCCAAGCCAAUAACUUUGCCCGCUCCUUUUACCCAAUGCUGAGGUAUACCAAUGGACCUCCACCAACCUAAACAGAGUUAAUGUGUAAUUCAAAUGACAUUCCAAUGUUGUAUGUGCAGUCUCUCCACUGUGACACACCAGCAAGUCAUGUGAUACAACUAGUGCAGUUGUUACACCAUCUUUGAUGUUUUUUAUACAGAACUGUGGGGUUGCUUUCAUCUGGGGGGUUACUAAGGCUUCAGGAAAUGGUACGCAGGGGGCAAAGAUUUGCAUGCACAUAGUAACUUUAUAUCGCAGUGUAACUGGUGAAGGUUCAUAAGGAUAUAGCCAUUUUGAUUACUUUUUAGAUGGAGCACCGAGUUUUCUUUUUUAAUUACAGUGCAAAGAGCAGGG